UAUAACAACUUUGAAAAUUUGACGCGCGAUAUAUUUCGCUGAAAUGUCGAGUCAAAAUAAUAAAAAAUCUUGGACAUUUGUCCCGAAAAGGUCUCAACCACCAACAAACAAGAGAGCCACACGGCGUGAAACUACCCUUCGGGCCUUCACCUUUGUGCAAGACUGGGAUCCUAAAAUAUCCCCCAUCCCACCAUCUAUCAACAAUGCAAGUCAGAAAAAGCAAUCUCACAAGAAAAAUAGGAACCAACCCACUUCAUCCCAGUCUUCUGAGAGUUCCAUCCGAGAGUCCCCCGUCGCUCAGCUUGUUAGGUCCAGCCCUGGACCUAUCAUUGUGUCCCGGAGGAUCCCAGGUUCUGGAAACAGCUCAUUCAAGCACCCUCGUCCCCUGUCACCACAGACACCAUCCGUACCCUCACAAAGAUCUUCAUCGUCAAAACAACAUAGCUCAUCUAAAAGCCUUACUGACAGUGCUCAAACAGUGUCUGGAAAGUCUGGUGUGAGUCCCAUCUUCUCAGUUCCAAGAACAAGGAAACAGCGAAGUGCCAGUAAGAAAAGGUCACCAGUCUCUCAUGGUGGGGAGGAAGAAAUUGCAAUUUCCCCAGGAGCUAGCGAAAGUGGUAAUGAAAAUUGGGUGCAGGACACGGACAUUGCGGGCACUUCAGGUGUCAGCAAUGCUGCCGGUACUUCCCGGCUACAGGAAAGUGUCAUUGACAAUGUUGGAUCAAGCGAUAGAGUGCAAUCAAGGUCUUCAACAGCCAAAAAGAACAAGGGACAUGACAGAAAUCUUUCAGAGACUCCAAACGAUGUGAGCAAAUCUCAAAGUUCAGGAUCAGAAGGGUCUACGAGAUCCACAAGGUCGAGAAAGAGACGUGGUCCGAGCUUGACCUUUCGAAAGAUAAGAAAAGCAAGCCUAUCAUUUAACAAGUCUAUCAGUGUGCUUGAUAGUAUCAAUGAAACAGUUCCUUUGGAUAAUGAGGUAACGGAGCAGUUACAUGUUUCGUCAGCCUCGGAUGAUGAACAUGAUGAACACCAACCGACAACAACAAUUCCACGGAAAAGGCAAGGUUCAAGUUUGAUUUCCAAAGAGGGAAGUGCUAAAGGAAAGACUAGACAACCGUCCCACGAAGAUGAUGGUGACUCUACUGAUGUUCCAGUCGAAAGCGAUGUGCCCACGCCGGGAAGUGUCAGGGUUUCUCAGAGUCUCUCCAGUACAAGUGAUCGCAGUAGGUCUACGAGCCCUCGUAAAAGGCGGGGGCCAAAACUGACAUUUGUAAAGAAACAUAAAAAGAAACUUAGCACCACUCCACAAGAUGGGGAAGUAAAUACUGAAAUACAUUCCUCAUCAUCUUUGUCAAGGACUGGGAGCAGAAGAAAAAUAUCUUCAAAUUCUUCAUUGUUAGAUAGAAGCAGUCCAGAGGCAGUCCCGAAGAGGAAAUCCCCAAGCCUUAGGGAUCAGAAAUCUGGAGCUAGUAGUGCCAGGACUCCAAAAGGAAAGCGGUCUUCCAGGUCAUCAAGGUCUGACAGUAGCAGUUCUGAGGCAGAUUCUAGAACAAAGUCCCUUAGUCGGAGAGGUCCUAGAUCAGCAGGGAGUAGUGCCAGGACCUCAAAGGGAACACCUGUUUCAAAGAAGAAGAAGAAUGUCGCAUCCAAAAUCAUAUCAAAGGCAGUUGGAAAGACGCCAGAUAGGUCUAUCAGCUUCAUUACAGCGACUCCCAAGAGUGGCCAUGUGGUUAGACACCAGGCCAAGACCCAGCAAGGCCAACAGUCUGGACCGGUCAAGGCAAAAGGUCCAGCUGGUCAGAAGAAAAGGGUAGCGGGGACAGAGUCCUCUGAGCCUGGGGAACCAGUAGAAAAGAGAGCAAAAGUGCGGUUGUACACAACUGGAGCCCGCCCUCGUCUGAUCAAAGACACCAGUGAUUUGGAUAUCUUGUUUAACUGCUUAGAAGACACUGCUAUGGAAUUCAGAGAAGCAUUGGAUGCGCCCCGUCACAGGAAGGCAGUCACCAAGUUCAUGGAACACUCCAAACAUGAGCUCACAGACAUGAUAUCAAUGCAGCAUGACUUCAAGCUUCAGACCCUAAGCCUGUCAAGAACGAAUACAUCCAUUGGGAGAUAUCGAAAUGAGCUGCUUGACCUACAGAGAGGCAGUACCAGACUGGAUAUCAGGAUAGCAGAGUUAAAGAAGGAGCAAGAGAAUUCAGUUGAUACUAGGGCCAAGGCUCUCAAAGGCAUCGACCUGUUUGUCUCGGACUUGGAGAAUCUCCAUGAAACCUAUAUAUCCAAAUACCCAAAGGAUAUCAAAUCUGUGGACCCUAUCGUUCAAGCUAACGCCGAAACCUUGUCGUCUGAACUAGAACCUAGGUUAGAACUACAAAACUCCACUGGAUCGCUGAGCGACAAACUACGAGAAUGGUUAGGCUCACAAGUACUUCAGAAAUAAUAAAUUCUAUAUCCAUUAUCCAUUCAGUUUCAAAAUUGCAAUUGUUGUCUUUGCAGACAAUGUGUUGUUGUCACUUG